AUGUCGUCUAGUGACCCUCAGAUUCCAUCCACCCCAUCGAUCCUACGAAAUUCUGAGUCCGACAGUCCCGCGGCGGCUGGAGCAAGAGCCUCCUCCCAUGAGCUUCCUGCCCUCCCUGAAAUACUGGCCAUGAGGAAUUCGCUUUCUGCCAGUCUAGGGAGCACCGAAAUGGAAAUUGACCAGCCCACCGAGAUGCAGAACCCCAGAACUCCGCAGCGCGACCCUCCUUGGACAACGGACGAUCUCAAAGCUAUCCACAAUUUCUUCAGGACGCAGUACGGUCCUUUUGCCCUUGGCACCGUCGUUCGCAUGCUCGGCCGCCGUGACUUUUCCGAUGUGGCAGCGCACAUAAUCAACUUUCGACAGUCGGCCCUGGCUAUCCAAGUCGCCCGUGGUCAGCGCAACCACCCAGGACACGAUGCCCCCAUCGCCCACAAGACAAAGGGCCAGUUCUCGAUAUUUGGCGGGAUCAGUGACAUGGAAGUUAGUGUAUAUGACAUGGAGGGCAACCUGCUUGAAGUUUACGAGGUAGAUCCGGAAACCCCGUAUCGGUAG